UCAGCAGCCAAUUCCGUCGCAAGUCUCCGCGCAUCUCCGCGUCUUUAACUUUUUUUUUUCUUUGGUCUCAUCUUUUCUCCUUUCGCAAAAGCCUCACAUUUUUCCUGGUAUUUGUGCACAGCAUUCGCGAAGAAGUCACGCGAGAAAACGGAGAAAAAGACGUUGAAGAGCGGGUUUUAUAAAUAAAAUCCAACUUCUCGCACCAAUACAAAUUUCCGCCAACAUUUAAAGAAGAAAAAAACUCUCAAAAGUGCAAAGGACGCGAUUAAAAGACGCAGGGAAAUUAAUUUUAAACAUUAAGAAAAUCAACCUGAAUCACGUGCAGUUAAAGAAGAAAAUUUAAAGAGGAAGUUGUGGAACAAAGUUAAAAAAUUUCCUCGUACAAUUUACUCUGUGUUGCAGCCGCAAGAAAAACGUUCCGGAAAUUAUCGUGAAAAAACUCCCUGAAGGUGUAAAAAAAAAACGAAGACUAAAGAGGUGUUAAGAAAAAAUUCUCCAUGGAUGCGAAGAUUAAAAAUUAAAUUGAAUUAAGAAUUCAGCAGUGAGUGUGCUGUGCAGCCAAAAGGAGGCAAAAUUUUAUAAGAAAAGAGGUCAUUUAACUCUCCUUCGUCACUUCAUUGUGCUCUCAACGUCCCAGAACAUCCUACGCCUACCCAACAAUGGAGAGAGGUCUCCAUGAUCGUGAUAUCGUUGGUCUACAGGAUUUUGUCUUAUUGGAAGAUUACCAAAGUGAAGAUGCCUUCUUGGAUAACCUGAAGAAGCGCUUUCAGGAAAAUCUUAUUUAUACAUACAUAGGGACGGUAUUAAUUUCCGUUAAUCCUUACAAGGAGUUACCAAUUUACUCCGAAGAGGAUAUCGCUGAGUACAGGAAGAAACAUUUCUUCGAGGCACCACCGCAUAUCUUUGCAAUUAGUGACAAUGCCUACAGAUCACUCACGGGUGAAAAUAGAGCUCAGUGCAUUUUAAUUUCAGGUGAAAGUGGUUCAGGAAAGACAGAAGCCUCAAAGAAGGUUCUCCAAUUUAUUGCUGCCGCCUCAGGACAUGUGGCCACAGUUGACAGUGUCCGUGAUAAAUUGCUCCAGAGUAAUCCCGUUCUGGAAGCUUUCGGGAAUGCCAAGACAAAUCGCAAUGACAACUCAAGUCGCUUUGGGAAGUACAUGGAUGUACAAUUUAAUUUCAUGGGAGCUCCCGAGGGGGGAAAUAUCCUCAAUUACCUCCUUGAGAAGUCUCGAGUGAUUCACCAGAGUGCCGGUGAGAGGAAUUUCCACAUCUUCUAUCAACUGCUAGCUGGGGCAAAUGAGGAUCUUUUGCGUGAACUCGAGCUGAAGCGUGAUCUUGACACCUACUACUACCUUACAGAUGGGGCUAAGGGUCUUGUAGACAGGAUCAAGGAUAGUGAUAAUUUCAAUCAAAUCCGCCGGGCAAUGUCUGUGAUGGAGAUUUCAGAGGAUGAGCAGAGAGAUAUCCUCAAUAUUGUUGCAAGUGUGCUGCAUUUGGGGAAUGUGGGAUUCACCGAAGAAGAUGGAAAAGCCCUCAUUCUCAAACCAAAGUCCGUAGCUGCCAUUUGCAAGCUCCUCGGAUGCCCGGAAGAGAAGCUAAAUCACGCACUGACGCAUCGUACCAUUGAUGCUCAAGGGGAUGUCGUAACGAGCCCUCUUAGCCGUGAAAUGGCCAUUUAUGCACGCGAUGCCCUUGCCAAGGCAGUGUACGAUCGCCUCUUCUCCUGGCUCGUCAGUCGCAUCAAUGUCUCCCUGAAGACGGGGCAGAGUAGCCGGAAGAACAAUGUAAUGGGUAUCCUCGAUAUCUAUGGCUUUGAGAUCUUUAAGAGGAAUAGCUUUGAGCAGUUUUGCAUUAAUUUCUGCAACGAAAAACUCCAACAGCUCUUCAUUGAGCUAACCCUCAAGUCCGAACAGGAGGAAUACUUCAAGGAGGGCAUCGAAUGGGAACCCGUUGAGUACUUUGAUAAUCGCAUCAUUUGCAACCUCAUUGAGGAGAAGUACAAGGGAAUUAUUGCUCUCAUGGAUGAGGAAUGCCUCCGACCUGGUGAUCCCACCGAUCUCAGCUUCCUCGCCAAGAUGAAUCAACAGCUGGGCAAUCAUCCACACUACCUCUGCCACAAUAAAGCCUCCGUGGCUGUGCAGAAAAUCAUGGGACGCGAUGAAUUUCGCCUCAUUCACUACGCCGGUGAUGUGACCUACAACGUCACGGGAUUCCUUGAUAAGAACAAUGACCUCCUCUUCAGGGAUCUCAAGGAAGUCAUGGCCGAGACAGAAAAUAGCAUCACAAGGAAAUGCUUCCCAGUUACGGAAAUCCAAAGCAAAAAGCGCCCCGAUACGGCGGUGACGCAAUUCAAGAACAGCCUCAAUAACCUCAUGGAAAUUCUCAUGUGCAAAGAACCCUCAUACAUUCGAUGCAUAAAGCCAAAUGAUUUGCAAACAUCCGGUCAGUUUGAUGAUCAAAUUGUGUUGCAUCAAGUGAAAUAUUUGGGUCUUAUGGAGAAUCUUCGGGUACGACGUGCUGGAUUUGCGUAUAGGCGUCGCUAUGAGAUGUUCCUGGAGCGCUACAAGUGCCUCAGUAAGGAAACCUGGCCACACUAUCGUGGUGCCCCGAAGGAUGGUGUUCAAAUUCUCGUCCAACAACUCGGCUACAAACCCGAUGAGUUUCGCAUGGGCAAGACGAAGAUCUUCAUUCGCUACCCAGCUACGUUGUUUGCCACGGAGGAUGCAUUCCAGGCACAGAAGCACCACCUGGCUGCAACUAUUCAAGCACGCUGGAAGGGUAGGCGUCAGCGAAAGAUCUACCUGAAAUUGCGUGAAGAUACAAUUGCCCUGCAGAAGUACAUUCGACGCUAUUUGGCCAUUCAGAAGGCAAAGAGACGCCGUGAAGCAGCUACAACCAUUAGGGCCUUCAUUAAGGGCUUCAUAACACGCAAUGAUCCACCAAAUGAGUACAAUUUGUCCUUUAUUGCUCACUCCAAGCGACAAUGGCUGUUGCGCUUGGCUAAAAACCUCCCAGAGCAGAUUCUCCAUCACACCUGGCCCACCUAUCCAGCUCACUGUGCUGAUGCAUCGCAUCAUUUGAAGAAGAUGCAUCGUCUGCAUCUAGCACGCAUCUAUAGGCUAUCCCUUAGCACAGAACGCAAACGACAACUUGAGCUUAAGGUUCUCGCGGAAAGUGUGUUCAGGGGACACAAGAAGAACUACACGAGGAGCGUAAAGAAUUGGUUUGUGGAUGAGCGCAUUGGCAAGGAGCACAUGACACAGGUGAAUAAUUUCGUCCACAUGAACUUUGGCACAGAGACCCUUCGGUACGUUACUGCUGUAACAAAAUACGAUCGUCGUGGCUACAAACCCCGCGACAGGAUACUCCUUCUCAGCGAAAAGGCCCUCUAUGUGCUCGAUAGUAAGACCUACAAGCAGAAACAUCGGCUGCCACUCGAUAAAAUUGACUUUGUCAUCUCCAAUGAGGCAGACAAUGUGCUAAUAAUUCGAAUUCCCCCAGAAAUGAAGAAGGACAAAGGAGAUCUCAUUGUCACCGUCCCCGAGAUCAUUGAAUGCUGCAUCUGGAUUUUGGAUGUAACGAAAAAGAGGCAAAUCCUCACAAUUGUCGACACUGGAUCAAUCAUGCACAAUUUGAUGAGGGGCAAAACGGGGACAAUUGAAAUUCAACAAGGACCACAACCGAGUAUUACCAGAGCCAAGAGUGGAAAUCUCCUGGUUGUGAGUAUCACGCCCUACUUCCUAAACCUUCCGGAUGAAAUAAUUUCUUCUUAUUUGCAGAUUGCUGGGCAAUAGAGCAAGACAAUGUGACGUAUGGAGUGAUCAAGUGCCAUUAAAUGGUUUAUGGGAUUUAGAGGCAUUCUCUACAGGAAGCAGAAGAUUGUGGGAGGGGAUGCCGACGUAAGGGAUGCGUUAUUGCGAAAAAUUAUUUGUAUAGAAACAAAUUGUACUUACAUUUUAUGAGAAAAAAAAAUGCUGGGAAUGUCUUCCUCUUUAAAAAUAAACACUCUAUAUCCUCA